UAUUUUCUUUUAACAGCUUUUCUGAAGAUUUUCGAACAAGACCUGCCAUCUACAUUGGGAAAUAAAGUAAAUCGACGAGUUUUUCAAUCUCGAGCUGAGAGUCAAACAUCGCGAAGUGAUGUAAUUAAUCGAUUUAUUGAAUCGAAAUUGGUUGAAUUUAUUAAUUAAUAUUUCUUUUUCAAACUAAAUCUACUACACGUGAUUGAAAACCUUAAAUUAUACAUUUUUUGUGUAAAAUAUAAAGUUAUAAAUUAAAAAAUAAUUUUUAAAAUACAGACAUGUCAGCACACAACAAAGUCCGGUUUAGUUUGGUGAUGUAAAUAAAAGUGAAGAAAAUAAAAUCUUUGUGGAAUCCACCUAAAAAUGAUAAUCCUGGGUUGUGAAUUGUAUGGGGAGAUUCUUCAUCGUAUAAAGAGCUUCCAGGGACUUACAUUAGAAUGUCUGCACUACUUGCACAACAUCUACCCGCAGUUCUCACCCCGGACACUUUGGAGUAUCCUCAGUUGGGAGCACAGGGAGAGAUUUGAUGGAGAUUUGCGAGAUAUGCAGCAAGAUAGUCGGGAAUUGUUGCUGGAAUACGAACAGAGAGUUAUUGAUAAUCCCACAUGUGACUUUGCGCUGAUUGUCAUGGCCAUGAAGAGAAGAUACUCCCCUUUUGUCCUCUCCCGGACACUCCUAGCGGAGAAGUUGAAUGUUGUGGAGCGAAAAGUGGCAAUAAUGCUACAAAAUCCCAUGAAUAUUGAGGAUGAGUUGCUAAGAAAGAAUAUCAUCAAGUGCAUAGAAUUGGACAUUAUGGAAGGACCAGUGGCUGAUGACUACAGGAACAAGAUAGGGAUCUUCUUUGAGGAUAUGCUGUAUCACAUGCUUAAGCAAGCUGGUGUUCAGUUUAACACAGAGAAAGAUCUUCGACGGAUGGGAUAUAGAAAGACUCCGGAUGCGCAUCUACUUUCCCGGUGCUACUACAGAGGAGAACGUAUAAAAUGGAUUGAGAGUAAAGCGUCUUUUGGAACUCCCUUCAAUCACAGUCAGGUGAUGCAGCGACAAUUAUUGGCAUACAGAAAUGAUUUUGGUCCUGGUAUUGUCAUUUACUGGAUGGGUUUUGUGGAUGAAAUUCUAAAUGAAGGUAGAAAAUCCAUCCACAUUCGAUACGACUUCCCAGGUCCACAGGAAUUCAACGUGAAAAAUGUGAUACGAGGAAAAUCCAAAAAGGAUACGUCGUGACAAACACUGAAUUCUUUAGCUAUUUUUCAGCUCAUGAUUCUCAAAGUGCUUCAGGAACCCCCCAAAAAAUAUUAUUUCAAUGGUCUCUUAAAUGUCUGGUUGGGAUCUUUGUCAAGAGGAGAAUGACCUAUGCCCACUGAAUAUUACUAAAGACUUGUACCUGUUUUAGUACGUAUUUUAUGUUUAAUGUUAAAUAAAGAAAUUCAAAAGUAA